AUGCAGCCGGACUACCAGGCGGAGGUGCAUGAUCACGGGACGAUCAGAAUCGCACUCGCCACUCCUCCCGGCCAGGAGAAUCAACGCCUCAAUGAUCGAGUCCAGUUGAAGCUAGAGAAGCACAAAGAGCUCUCUAUUUCCGGCAGAAAUCUUCGGAUGCGUUACUCGUGGACUCUCCGAAAGGAACUGAACGCAUCUGUCUAUGACGGGCGCUGCUUGCUGGUAGGCAGCAAAAGCAGUCAACCGCUCAAACCCGACAUUCUUCACUUUCAAUCCGUCGAUGCUUGGAAAACUUCUUGGAAGGAUAUUGAAGACAUGGUGACGUCGAUCUACUACAUUCUCGAGUCCAAACGCGUUGAGAGGUCGUCUAUGUCUUCUUCCAACUCGGACAAGUCUUACCCAAUGCUAAUGGCUCCCUUCGAACGUCGGGAGGGAAAUCUAGACUUUGAUUCGCGAAGCUUUCGCAAGAAACUUCAAGGACGAUUGAGAAAACACAUCGGGGAUCUGUGUCUGCUCUGUGGCCUCCCACAAGAGGCGUUGAUUGCCUAUCACAGCGCAUUAGAUGCUCUGCGCCUUUCUCAAGAUCAUCUCUGGGUUGCGGCUUCGCUAGAAUCUCUGCGCCGUGACAGCGUCGAAGCAGGUGUUCUCGAACUCGAAGCGUGUCUAAAAGCGACGAAGGUUCUUGUUAAUAUGGGUCGAAACUUGGACGCCUCUGAUUUUCUUCAAAACACAAUCUACAUUGGCAUCAAAUUGCCAAGCGAGCGUGAGAUUGAAAGGCUCUCGACUCUGGCCGAUCUAUACGGGAUGAUCGGUUUCAAGAGGAAAGAGGCUUUUUACAAGCGAGUAGCUGCAAUGUACUGUGUUGCCGAUCAGAACAAUUCCGAAGCCCGGUGGCAGCAGUGUUUCAGCCUUCUUCGGGAGAGUUUGCCCGGCUUCAGUCUCGAACACGUUCUCGGAUUUAUAAAGUCGAGCGAAUACGAAACAGACCUGUUUCUUUCAUCCGGAGAAUCGACUGGCUGGCCGGCGGUGCAGGCGCGCGUUCUCCACGAACUAGCCUUUUCAGCACGGAAGAUUGGCGAUACCAAGCUUGCAAUCAAACUUUUAUCCGGCCUCCUGCAUAGUACCCACUCGUUUCUUAACAAAUCGGAGCAGGAAGAGAUGCUCCAAGCUUUGAAGAACUACUCCUCUGCGUGUCGAGAGGAAAGCGAAAUCCUCUACGAGCCGAUUUGUUUACCGAGCUUUGUUAAUGUUGUGAUACCGACGGGAAAUGGAGAUCCAAACCUUGAACCAAUCGAGACUACGGCCCAACAAACCAAUCGAGUUUUCAUCUACUCACCAUUCGAAAAAGACCGGAAAAAGAUCCGCUGGGUGAAAUCUGAAGUCAACACAAUCGAACUGAUAUUCUACAAUCCACUUGCUGCGGAAAUCGAUGUCAAUCACAUAUCUAUCGUUGCGAAGGGAGAAGCUUCCCCAGUGAAUAUCAAGCCGCAAAGUGUUCGUUUGUCGCCUGGAUCUCAUGUUUCUGUCAAAAUCGACUGCAUCUGCGAGAUUGUUGGUGAAUUCGAAAUCACCGGCUACAGAAUCGAUCUAUACGGUCUCGUCUACGAGGUUCACUUUGAGCGGCUUUUGAAAAAACGAAAGGAAAUUUACAUUCUGAAAAGCUACAAGAUCGAAGUGAUCGACACGAUUCCGAUGCUCGGAGUCGACGUGUCCCUCGUCCAAUCUCCAAAAGCGUUGAAUAUCGUCCGCGAACUCCAAGAAAACCAACAAGUCAAGUACAAAUCUGCCUUCUACGACGGGGAACAUCAGAAAAUUGCGAUCACGAUCGAGAACGUUUCUCAAAUCCCCAUCGGCGAAAUUGAAGUUUAUCAAGAAGUCGAUAGUGAAUCAAAGGGAGUGAUUAACUUUUCAUGCGAGAGUGCUCCUUCUACUUUGAAACCCGGCGAACGCGUCAUUUUCGAAGCCUUCUUCGACAGUGAAUUGAAAGACAGCAAAAUUGAGACCGUCCUGCACUUCAUCAAAAUCAACUACAAAGAGCACUCCGAUGUUUGCUACAUGCGUACACACACGACGAUCUUCGAAAGUGAUAUCAUCCGUCCCCUGGAAGUUAUCGGCCUCUGCGUGAAGCAGUCAGAAUCAUCCGAAUACGCAACGAUCGUCCUAGAAUGUCAUAACAAGGCAAUCGAGGAGAUAAACAUCAUUCAGUCUGUGCCUAAUCAACAGGGACCUGCUUCGCUGAAAUCAACUGUCGUUCGAAAUGGGCACGCAUCCGUGCUCUACGUCCAAAUUGAGAAGCUAGCGCACAUUCCACUUUCCGAACAGUGCAUGGAAUCUGCGCUCGGACUCAAAUGGCGCUGCGAUCCAGCUCGUUAUGGGGUCGUUCAUCUUUCUUCCACCACACUUAACACGAAUGAACUCAUCGCCCUUCAGGCUAGUCCUCUCUACUGGGAGUCUGAAGUCGAUGAUGAGCCACUGGAAGAAAUCGUCAAAAAUGGAAAAGUAAUGGAGCCCAUGAUCGUCCGGACGACAGCGAUCAACCGCACCAACGAGCCCUUUGAAGAUCUCAAAAUAAUGCUUGAAGCCGUCCAAGAAGACUCCCGCGGGGAGUUCAAUGUUCUCGACGGUGCGAUCAUGUCCACUGGCCUCAACGAAGCAUUGACUCAAGUGUUGGAGUCGAAGUCCUCCGUUGAAUUUUCUCACAUGAUGAUUCCACGCUUUGCUGGCAAUUUCAAAAUUCGCUUCAGGGCGUUUGUCGCGGAUAAAGGUUGGUUCUUGUAG